AUGAUGGACAAAUCCUUCUCCGACUCAAAUUUAAAUGUAACUGCAACUGACUCUAACAAGACACCGCCUAACUUCAUAUCUCAGCGAAUAAAAAGAAAAAGAGAUGAUGACUUUUUUGAAGAAAUGGACAAAUUCAGAGAGGAAAUAAAAUUGAUGAUUCAUUCAAUGUUAGCACCACAAAAUACUGAACUAAGUAAGAUUUCUCCCACAUUGAUUGAAAUACAGCAAAUUAACAAAAAUAUUGAAAAUUCGAUUACCUUCUUAACGUCGCAAAAUAAAGAACUGCAAGGGAAAAUAGAACAGUAUGAAAUACAAGCUAAAAGAGACCGAGAACAUAUUACUUUGCUUGAAGAUAAAAUCGAGGAGCUACAGAGACUGGACAGGAAAAAUAAUUUGGAGAUAAAAAAUGUCCCAAAAGCGAAGAAUGAAACAAAGGAUGGACUAGUGAAUAUGGUACUCUCUCUAUCUAAGAAUGUUGGCUGUGAAUUAUCUAAGUCUGAUAUAAAGGACAUCUACCGAAUAAAGAGUAAGAAAGAGGGUCCAAAUAAUAUGCCCAUAAUAGUAGAGACUGGAUCGACGCUAUUGAAAAAUGAUUUAUUAAAAUCAUGUAAAUCGUUUAAUGUGAAACAUAGAGGGAAAUUAUGUGCCAAAAAUAUGGGAUUCACUGUAAAUGAAGAUACUCCCAUAUUUAUUUUGGAGCAACUAACUGCCAAAGGCUCUAGACUCUUCUUCUUAGCAAGAGACCUCGUCAAGACAAAGUCCUACAAAUUUUGUUGGACUAGCUUUGGUCGGGUUUUCGUCAGAAAAAACGAGCAAACACCAAUCAUUCUAAUUAAAAGUGAAUCGCAAGUUCAUCAUCUGUUGCAAGUAGCAUGA